CUCCGUGCCGCGGCGCGAACAUCUGUUUUUGUUGUUGUUUGUUUUUGUGAAGUAGGAUCUCACUCUAGCCCCAGAACUCACUAUGUAGUCUCAGGGUGGUCUCGAACUCAUGGAGAUCCUCCUACCUCUGCCUCCCAUGAGCGCUGGGAUCAAAGAUGUGCGCCACCACAUCUUCCAUCUAUGUAUUUUUGAAAGGAUGCUGCGUUUUCAUUGUACGCCACAUGUGCGUGUGAAAGUUGCAGUUAAGUAAAUAAAAAAAAAAGUGACUUUGGAACUCGCACACAACCGCAAGCAAGCGCGCAGAAUCGGGCAUUUAGUGCCGUAGCGUGCGCCAGGGAGCGGCGCCAGGGGGCAGCAGAGCACGGCCGGAAGCGUCCUUUAACUUCCGGCCGCUGUGCCCACUUCCAAGAUGGCGGCUGCAGCUUCAGUCGCGUGCGGCGGUACCGGGAGGGCCGGGCAGACACAGCAAGCGGGAUGUUGCGGAUAGCGCUGGGCCGCGUGUCGAUUCUGCUGCGUAGCGUAUGGCCCCACGGAUCCGGUCUCAGGCAGUUGUGGGGCUCAGGCGCCCUCCUGAGGACUGCAGAGAGGCGACGGGCUUGGGUGUGGUGUUGGCGACGUUCGAGCUCCGCGUCGGGGCCCGGGUCGGAGCACGCGGCGGCGCUGGGGCGCGUGGAGGCGGCGCACUAUCAGCUCAUCUACACCUGCAAGGUGGGUCUGUGGGACUCGGUCUUCCAAGCGCAUCUCGAAGCUGGCCUAUCAUCAGGGUGUGGUCAUCGUGACCUGCCCAGGCUGCCAGAACCACCACAUCAUCGCAGACAACCUUGGCUGGUUCUCUGA